GAUGCAAUGGCGUAGCAAGGUUUUUUGAGUGCCUGAAAAAAUGCCACGCCUCGAUUCGGCUUCUUUCUCCAUCACAAACCAACCCAAUUGCUCAAUUCCAACUGUCUCUCCUUCAAUUCCUCUUUUUAACUCCAUUUCUCAGCACCAAACUCCAAUCCUCAAUCUCCAGAAUGGCAGUUAUGAAGCCUGGUUCCGACCCCACCAUCGUCAUCGACGGCCUCCGAUUCACUUACCCCGGAAUCGACGGCCAUCCUCCGCCCGGUUCCAAGCCCCUCAUCGAUGAUUUCUCCCUCACCCUCAAUGCUGGUCACCGUUGCCUUCUCGUCGGAUCCAAUGGCGCUGGGAAGACCACGAUUUUGAAGAUUUUGGGAGGGAAGCAUAUGGUGGAGCCUCAUAUGGUUCGUGUACUUGGAAGGUCGGCUUUUCACGAUACUGCUUUAACAGUUUCUGGUGAUCUUUGUUAUCUAGGAGGAGAGUGGAAGAGAGAUGUAGCCUUCGCAGGAUUUGAGGUUUCCAUUCAAAUGGCUGUAUCUGCAGAGAAACUAAUUUUUGGAGUGGAUGGGAUUGAUCCGAAAAGGAGAGAUGAACUCAUUAAUAUGUUGGACAUUGAUCUAUCAUGGAAGAUGCACAAGGUGUCAGAUGGUCAGAGAAGACGGGUGCAGAUAUGCAUGGGUCUUCUCAAGGCAUAUAAGGUUCUUCUUCUUGAUGAGAUAACUGUGGAUCUUGACGUGCUAGCAAGGGCUAACCUUUUGAAGUUUCUGAGAAGGGAAUGUGAAGAACGUGGGGCUACAAUAAUCUACGCCACGCAUAUAUUUGAUGGUCUAGAAGACUGGCCAUCGCACAUUGUCUAUGUGUCUCAUGGGAAGUUGCAGAUCUCCAUGCCAAUGGAAAAAAUUAAGGAGAUCAGCAAAUUGUCUCUUAUGAGAACAGUUGAGAGCUGGCUAAGGAAGGAGCGGGACGAGGAGAGGCAGAGGAGGAGGGAAAGAAAGGCAAAUGGUCUGCCUGAAUUUGAACAACAAAUAGAGGAGAGUCGUGUAACCGGGGAUCCAGCCAGCUGUGCUGUUCGAGUUGUAAACAAUGGGUGGGCAGCAGGACGGCUUCACUCCACCAUUGCCGGAGAAGAGAACUUCUUGUUCAGCUCAAAUAGAGUUCUCAGGCAUUCAAUAUGGACAGGAAUAGUGUCGUCAUGUUCAAUCGAGGUUUCUUCGCCAAAUUCUCGAUGUCAGACAUUCUUAAUUCUAUAAAGGGAAAUGUUAGAGAAUGAACAUACUGCAUA